AUGGAGUUUGUCUCUACGACUUCAAUAGACAGUCUUCCGGAUGAUCUUCUUGUCCAAAUGUUGUCCUUCCUUCCCACAAAACAAGCUGCUUCAACUUCUCUUUUGUCCAAGAGGUGGAAGACUCUAUUUUCUUUGUGUCAUAAUCUUGACUGUGACGAUUCCAUCUUUUUUCACCCCGAGAAGAGUAAACGGAAGGGUUUCAGGCAUUUUGUGUAUAGAACAUUGGAUUCGCAAGGCGCACUAAAGAUUCUCUUUCUUGAUUUCGUUUCGUUUACGGGUGAUCAAUUCUCUGGUGUGUUUCUUGCUGCUUGCCCUGCACUUGAGGACUUAACCAUACUUCAAGACAAUUACUCACAAGGAGAGGUCAUAUCGAGCAAAACCAUUAAGAGACUCUCGGUUACCUAUAAGCGCGAUGUUAAGUUUCAUCCCUUGAGCAUUAAUUCACUUGACAUACCAAGUCUUGUGGACCUCUACUACUCUGAUUAUGCUCGGCUUAAGCCUCUACAUUGUAAUUUGGAUUCACUUUCCAAAGCUACACUGGACCUUACUGUUGCAAGAGAUUACAAUACAUAUAAGCUGGUUUACGGGGAUGUGACGCCUCUUAUUAGUGGGAUACGCAACGUCAAGACCCUGCACUUGACCACUUCUGCUGUCCGGGUGAUUACAGUGUGCUGCAAACGUGGACUACCAGUCUUCAACAACCUCCUUGAGUUAGUGUUUUUGGGUGAAAAAAAAGGUUUGAGAGUGCUUUUGCCACUUCUGCUAGAGCGUUCUCCAAACCUAAAAUUUCUAGUUCUCUCGGGUCUGCAUCGUUACACAUUUAAAGGAAAUCGGUUUUUAGGGAUUCACAUUCCCCCAAAUAACCAAAUAAAGAUGGUGAGUAUCAAGGAGCAUCAAGGAAAUGCAAACGAGCUGCAACACAUUAAUCAUUUCUUGCUCAAAAUGAAGCGCCUUGAUGUUGUGAAAGUCUAUGUUGCACCUACGUUGGAUGACCCAAAACAGAUGCAACUCACGCAGGAUCUGUUGAAACUUUCAUACAAGAUCAAGAUAUUUAAACGAGACACGGUAUCAGGUACAACCGUUGAGGUGUCCAAACCCAAGCCCAGACUUAAGGAGUUUCUAAUUAGGUUUUAA